AUUUCACCCUACCUGUAAGUGUCGUAAUGUAAUGACAUUUUAUCACGAGGGCAGGUAGACGACUAACAUUCCCCUGUGGCGGUCCGUAGUGCUAUCAGCUCUAGAAUAAUUUUAUAUGAACCUUCGUUGUAGCUAGCCCUCAGGUAUUCAGGAAUUUAAACGACAAUCUUACACGUUCGUUACCAACAGCCCACGUACCUGGAUCUAGGGAUACGAGAUACGUUUGUGUUUUAUAUCCCUUUCGAUAGGAUUGAUCAAAGUCUAAUUGACCCCUGGUCAGUGUUGGUCGGUCCAAGGCAUACGGUGUGUAUUCAACUGCUCUAAUCACCUUAUUUUAACAAAGUUUCUCUCAACAUAAUCUACCUCGCUUGGACGCUCUACUUUCAUUUCGAGAAACAAAGAUGGCCACUUUUGAAUGCUGGCAACCGUAUACAACACUAGACCAACUGUUGCCGUCCUCGUUAGUUUUGACGGAUGGAGAGGAGGUCGAGGGUGUAAAGGAAGAAGUUCCAAAGUCAACUCGCCGGGCCAUUAAGUUUAUACGGAACCAAAAACUCCGGCCGAAAGCCGGAUUCCGACGACGGGAAACUUGGCUAGAAAAUCAGCUUUCUUUAUCUUCCGGGGUUGAUAUUUUAUACCACAAUCAGGUUAAAAAAGACAAUCGAACGACUUUGCGGAGUCAAUCGUCACAUUCUCCGAGACCAUCAACAGAACACAAAAAACGAUGGAUUGGCUUGGAUUUAUUGUUGGAUCCAAAUAUCAAUGGAUCUUCAAAACGUCCAGUCAAGGAACAGCCAUCUGAAACUGUGGUGUAUAAAAGGAAAAAUAUGGACAGAUCUGUAAGUUGUUUAAAACAACCUUAUGAGCCGAUCCCCGUUUUCAGUAGAAGUCCUAGACAAAGCAGCAGGAUUAAGCGCCUUGAUGAUACCGACACAUACAUGUACAAGAGUUUCGAUGACCUCGAUAUAAGUGAAAAUUCGUGUGAAGGUUCAAAAGGAAAAGGCCCAGGGGGCGUCUCAAAGCCAAAAAACUACACCGAGAUUCUUCAUUAUGUUGAUGGCACAACGUCCAUGGGAGCAAUAGAUACGUUCGAGCCUAUCUACGUCAUCAGUAGGAAAACAAAGGUCAGCGAGUGUUCCUCUGAUAUAGAAUCCUUAGGACUCUAUUCUGACCAAAGUGACGUCACCAGUCAAGGUCACUGAAGACGCAUAGCUACCCUGCUAGCAAGAAAAGGAACCACAGUACAUAUACGUGCCCAAGACUCGUCCUAAGCAAAUCGUCGUCCGGACGGAACACACCGGACGCCCAGGAUACCUGGUAUCCGAAAGGAGAAAAUCCUUGACAAGGAGUCUACCACUAAGGGUCAUCGAAUACGAUAACAACAGAAGUCUUAAAGACAAGUAUAUCUAUGUUCGGCCAAGGAGUGCGAUCGGACGCAGCAAACCGGUAUUUGUACCCGAUGGGGUACGAAAUGUACAUGGAACGCCCCUAUAAAGUACCUGAUUAUCCAAGAUGAUCAUAUUUAUAGACUAUAGAGUUAGUUCCCCUUUCUUGCUCACUAGGUGGCGUAGUGUAAGAGCGACACCUAGCGACAUGUAUCGAUAGUUAACUUUCGCGGCGGCCUUAAACAAACUUUUCGCUCAGAUGUUGUGACUUAAAAUUACCAGUGCGCAUGAUCGGGUAAUUGUGAUGGGUAUCACGUGACUAUUGCUAAGGCGUUUUUGAUUGGACAACAGUAUAUGUCUACUGCAAAUACGAAUUCUUAGUAACCACAAUGUUUUAAGGCUGUUGAUUUUCAUCGGAUUAUAAGAAUUGUGUUGGGCUUUGUUGUAGGGUUAUUGGUAGUGGGAAAGAGUUUUCGAUGAAUAUGUAGGUAAUUGAUAUUUAUGUGACAUAUCAGAAAGGAAACUGAUAUGAUGGGGGAAAUGUGUUUUACACAACGAUACUUGACCAAGCUGGAAAGCUGUGAUACUAGUAUUUACGUGUUGGUGAAGAACCCGUCCGGAUUUGAAAUAAAAUGAAGAAGAAAAAAAAAAAAGAAAAAAAAUCUUGUUAAUGCGGACAGAGCGUCAAGAAAGAUGA